AUGACGACGGCGUCCUCUUCGUUCCUCUUCGUCCUCGUAUUUUCUGGUUUCUUGACCUCUGUAAACGCCCACGUCGGAGCUUGGCAUAAAGGAAUGUACUGCCUCAAGGGUAACGUCCAAGGUGUUGAUGAUCGACAGACCAACGCUGCUUUUCAACCAAUGUACAAGUUAACCAAGCGGGAGUGGUGGUUUCAUCACAUCAACAAUUGCGACGAAUUCCCUCCUGCGCCGGGCGAUUUUCUCGAACUACCCGCAAACGGCACUGUCACCAUCGAGCACGCCGUCAACCGCGUCUUCACCACAGUGGCCCCCGACCCAGUGCUUGGAACCUUCGUUGACGGGAAGGAGCACCCAGGUCUAGGCUUUACGGACGAGGGAAAAGACGGAGGUUGUAUUGUCGAACCUAAUAUCCACACACAGAACGAAACCAUGGCGGCCGGAACUGCUUUGGCGAUAUCCUAUACUUCUGACUUGACCAAGGUCACUCCCGAGAACCUCGUCGUCUUCAGCGUGCUCUACAACACGCCUUGGCGCCGGAUCGCCAAUUUCGCUGUUCCGGACCUGCCUGCUUGUCCGCCUGAGGGAUGUAUGUGUGCCUGGGGUUGGAUACCUAACGGAUGCGGAGAACCUAACAUGUACAUGCAAGGUUUCAAAUGUCGCGUAACAAACGCGUCGCCUGUUGCUAGUCGCAUGGUCGGCCGUGCUAAGCCACCUGUGUGGUGUGCAGGCGACCCUUCGAAAUGUGUAAAAGGGCCUAAACAGGUACGUGAUCUUGGCCGCAUGCCUUCAUCCCAGUGUUCGACCGGUAUCCAGAUGCUUUACUGGAACCAACUUGAAGGAAACAAUAUUGAGGUCACGGGAUACAACGCAGCAGGGCAGCCAAACUUUCCGGGGUAUAAUAUGAAGUGUGGAUUUGAGAAUGGUGCCCAGAACGACAUCUUUUUAUAA